AUGAACAUGGCUUCGUCACCUGCUCGUAUCGCCGCUCGUCGAUUGGCGCAUAUCCGCAUGGUACGUCCAACCAAUCCUGCCGUGACUCGGAUCCCCGGUUGCCGUCCCUCGGAAGCUCGGGAUUUGAACGGCCAUUUUGCCCGGAUGACGGAACCCGGACAAAAGUCAACCAAAGCUGAUCCGUGGACGGAUGGGAUGUUCGGAUCACCAGGCUUCUACUUCAGCUGUGUCGGGUCUUCGAUCGGUCCUGAUCGUCGGAGCUGCAAGGACACCCGUCGGAUCAUUCCAGGUACGUAACUGCAACCCGUCACCCGAUUUCACGCUCCAAAAUUUGUCCAAUAACUGAUUCCUCUCCACCUUCCCCUUUAUAGGGUUCACUCGCCAAAGUUCCCGCUACCGACCUCGGCAUCACAGCAUUCAAGGGUGCUCUACAACAAGCCAAUGUACAACCCGAUCAAGUCGAGGAUGUCUACUUGGGUAGUGUGUUGCAGGCGAAUUUGGGACAGGCCCCGGCGAGGCAAGUCGUGUUGGGCAGUGGGUGCCCGCCUUCGACGGAGGCGACCACCAUUAACAAGGUCAGUCGAGUGGAACGACGAAUCUGUUUAAAGUGAGGCCUAAACGGUGGGAAGGGUUGCUGAUGUUGCGAUCCCUCUGCAUUCGCUCGUUCGCUCGCGGAGACCCCCCCCCCCCCCCCCCCCCACAUCCCGAAUCCUCACGACUUUUAGGUCUGCGCCUCGGGGAUGAAAGCCGUCAUGCUCGCCGCCCAAAACAUCCAAACGGGGGAACGAGACCUCAUGGUCGCAGGCGGGAUGGAAUCCAUGAGGUGACUUGCGCAAAGAUUCCGCAGGUGGGAGAUCCUUUGACGCUGACGCCCCCCCCCCCCCCCCCCACCUACCCUCGUUUCCCGUUUGAUCACAGUAUGGCACCUUUCUACUACCCACGAACACCGGGCACGUUUGGUCAUUUGCAGGUUCAGGAUGCGAUCGUGAAGGAUGGGUAAGGACCUUUAGCUGAGAAAGUAUACCUCCGAGGUGAACCAGCCCGAGCUGACUUUGCUCGCCAUCAUUCAGUUUGACCGAUGUGUACGGUGGUUACGCGAUGGGGAUCUGUGCCGAAGAUACGGCGACCAAGAUGGACAUCUCUAGGCAAGCGCAGGACGAGUAUUGCCUAGAGUCGUACCGACGAGGUGGGUCCCAACGUCGUCGUCGCAAUUUAGCCGUGCUCCCAUCGAACGAAACUGAUUCAUGGUCUGGAGGGAUCCCCAGCUGCCGAAGCAUGGAAGAACGGCGCUUUCGCGAACGAAGUCGUGCCCGUCAUCAUCAAGGACCGACGUAAAGGCGAGAUCAUCAUCUCCCAAGACGAGGAAUACAAAAAUAUCAAACUCGACAAAGUCGCGGGGUUGAAACCCGUCUUCAAGAAGGACGGGACCGUCACGGCCGCGAAUGCUUCUACGCUCAAUGAUGGAGCUAGUGCGAUUGUCUUGGCUUCGCAGGACAAAGUUGAUGAAUUGGGUUUGAAGCCGUUGGCAAAGAUCAUUGGUAAGUUGACCUGAUCGUACUCAGAAGGAGGGGUCGCGAAAUGAGGUCUGAUCAAGCGACGUUUUAUUUAUUUAUUUAACUUCACCACGUCCUUCCGACAGCUUUCGCCGAUGCCGCUUGCGCCCCUAUCGAAUUUCCCAUCGCUCCUUCGCAUGCGAUCCCUCUCGCUUUGAAGAAAGCCGGUUUGAGCAAGGACGAUAUCGCGAAAUGGGAAAUCAACGAAGCCUUUUCCGCCGUCGCGAUCGCGAACCAAAAGAAAUUGAACAUCGACCCGGCCAAACUCAACGUCAACGGCGGAGCUGUCGCUUUGGGUCAUGCGUUGGGUUCGAGCGGUUCGAGGAUCAUUGUCACUUUGACGCAUCUGUUGAAGAAGGGGGAGUAUGGUUGCGCGGCGGUUUGUAAUGGUGGGGGUGGGGCGUCGGCGAUUAUUAUUCAGAGGGUUUGA